AUGUCCUCCAUGCCCACGACGCGCCGCAUAGUGACGGGCCACGACCCUGCCGGCCGCUCUGUCAUCGAGUCCGACAUGGUCCUGACCCCCGCGAACCCCGUCGACCCCGCGGGCGCACCCCCCGAGGGCAUCAUCCCGGGCUUCACGAACCUGUUCAAGACGACCGGGUGGCCGGCGACGAACGUGCAGGGCGACUGGUACGAUGCGCACGGUAAGAAGAUCGGCUUGGUGGACGAGAGCGGGGUGUUUGGGCGGAUUGUCGACUUCCCCCCCACAAGCGACCAGCCCGACGACGUGAACAUCACGCACCGGACGCAGAGCAUCGACUUCGGCAUCGUGCUGAAAGGCACCAUCACAAUGGUCCUGGACGACGGAUCCAAGACGGUGCUGAAGGAAGGCGACGUCUGCGUGCAGCGCGGCACAGACCACGCCUGGAGCAACACGUCAACGGAAAAUUGUCGCAUGUUCUUUGUGCUGGUGCCAAGCGUGCCCAUCCGGAACGAGGCGACGGGACGGAUCUUUGAGCUGACGCCGAUGGGACAUCUUGAGGAUGAGGCGCAUGUUCGUGCUGCGAGGUAA